AUGUCUGUCAAAUUCAACAUCGAGGUCCCCAGUGAUGAGCUCAAGGCACCUGAGAUCGGGCAUGGAGGAUAUGAUGGGUUCAACCCACGUUCUGAAAUUCUGCCAAGUGGAGGCGUCACGGCUCCGGGAAGACGACUUUUUCCAUGUGAUAUCCUUGUCGAGCAUGAUGUCGCGAUUGUGGUGAGAGAUGGAUGCCGUCUCUAUGCCGAUAUCUACCGGCCUCCCGCAGCUCGCGAGCGAUCUACACCUGCCAUUCUCUGCUGGAGUCCCUUUGGGAAGAAGUUCAAUGGCAUAGAUUCACUCAAAUUGAUGACUCCUUGGAAUCUUGGUAUCCCAGAUGGCACUCUCAGUGGAUUGGAGAAAUUUGAAGCGCCCGACCCUGUGGAAUAUGUGGAUCGUGGGUAUGCUAUGGUGAAUAUUGAUUCACGUGGAGCAUUUGACUCAGAAGGAAAGAUGGCAAUCAUGGGAACUCAAGAGGCAGAAGAUGGGUUCGAUGUGAUUGAAUGGCUUGCGAAGCAGUCUUGGUGUAAUGGAAACGUUGGUAUGGCAGGAAACUCCCAUCUGGCAAUUAUCCAGUGGUUUGUGGCCGCUUUGCAGCCACCUUCCCUCAAAGCGAUCGCCCCCUGGGAAGGCUGCGGCGACUUGUAUCGGGAGCAGUUUGCCCGCGGUGGUAUCUAUGGAGGAGACCUGUUCGAUCAUCUCAUCGUAAAAUAUAUGCUUCGCGGCAGAAAUGGGAUGGAGAGCUUUCGGCGGAUGUUCAAACAACAUCCUCUUGCGAACAACUGGUGGAAUGAUAAGCGCCCCGACAUGACAAAAAUCGAUAUACCCACAUACAUCACGGGCACAUAUACCAAUACGAUGCAUGGGAUGGGUGCUAUCAGAGGGUGGCUCGAAGUUAAUUCGCCGGAGAAGUGGCUUCGCUUUCAUCCACAUCAAGAAUGGUAUGACCUAUGGGGAAACCGGGAAGGACAGGUCGAGCUUCUCUCCUUCUUUGACCGAUACUUGAAAGGUAUCGACAAUGACUGGGAAUCAACUCCACGCGUUCGAUUAGCAGUGCUGAAAUAUGGAGAGAAGGAGCCAUUAGCGAACGUGGUCGAGGAAGACUUCCCACUGCCGCGCACGGUAUACCGCAACGCCUUCUUAACGACAGAUGGGGGGUUAAGUCUAGACCAACCAGCCCCAGCAGUUGGUACUUUGUCGUACAACUCGGAAGACGUCAAUGAUAUGGCCAAAUUCACGCUCACCUUUAGUGAAAGGACUCGGCUAAUCGGGAUGCCCAAGGCAGUUCUAUGGAUGCGGAACGACGAGUUCAACGACAUGGACAUAUUUGUUGUUCUAAGCAAAUUGUCAACAUCAGGGGACCAACUUCUCAGCUUGAACAUUCCCUGGACUAAUUUACCAAUUUCCAAGAUUGCGGACAUCCCAGAAGAUCUUCAAACGGAAGUCAUCUUAUAUCAAGGUCCGACGGGAAUUAUGCGUGCCUCAAAUCGGGCUAUCGACCCAUCUCGGUCAAUGCAUCCUAACUGGCCAUAUUAUACGCAUGAAACAGAGGAGAAGAUUGAUCCUGGCACGGUGGUGAGGUUAGAAAUUGGUAUCUGGUGUAUGGGAAUUGAAUUUGAAGAGGGUGAAAGUCUUCAGCUGCAAGUGAGUGGGCACUAUCAAGGAAUCUCAAAGUUUGGGACGACCGAGCAUAUCAACAAUAAGGGACGUCAUUGGGUUCAUGUGGGAGGCGAGUAUGAUAGUCAUCUAGUCCUCCCGUUUGUCUGA